CAGACAGACAGACAAACAGUUUAAUGGAUACGCUUUCCGAGAGCAUAAAAUUUGGUGAUAAAGAUCCAUAAGCGUUUUGUUAUCUCUGUUAUCUCCUUUAUAUCUUUUUCUUCUCCCGUCAUCUUCCUCCUCCUUCUCUGAUCCUCGACGGCAGUGUGUGUGUGCGCGCGGGUGUGUGUGUGUGUACCUCAAGCUUUUAGUAAUUGUUGGUCACUUGAGGUGCGCGGGGGCAGACCUAGUACUACUACGACUACGGCUACUACUACUACUACGCGUGUUAACCCGUUUCCGAUCCUUCUGAGAGCGCUUCCAAUCCUCCUCAUCCUUGUCUCUCUCUCGUGCGUGUCUCGUCCCUCGCCCUCCGUUCCCGAUCCUUCUGAGAGGCGCUUCCAAUCCUCCUUCUCAUCCUUGUCCCUCUCCCUCUCUCUCCCUCGCGUGUCUCGUCCUCUUCAUCGUCCCUGGCGUUCGUAGUCGUCGUAAUCAUCGUCGCCAUCAUCAGCCAUGGGACAAGACCAGUACUCCAUCAGCCUCAAGGAGUUUUGGCAGGGUCUGAACGCCCGCCUCGCCUUCGCCAUCUCCGCCGCCGCCUUCGGGUCCGCCUUCCAGCAUGGCUACAACCUGGGCGUCAUCAACAACCCGCAGGCACUUAUCGAGAGCUGGAUCAACGCCACGUACACGGACCGCCACGAUGAGCCGAUGUCCGAGCAGAAGAGGACCUUUGUGUUCUCCAUCAUCGUCUCCAUCUACUGCGCCGGUGGCAUGUUCGGCGGCGCCAUGACCGGGUUCUUCGCUGAGAGGUUCGGCCGCAAGGGAGGUCUUCUCAUCAACAACGCCUUCGCCCUCGUCGCUUCUGUGCUCUUCGGGUUCUGCAAGAUGGCCUCCUCCUACGAGAUGCUGAUUAUUGGCCGCUUCGUCAUCGGUAUCAACAAUGGACUCAACGCCGGUCUCUGCCCCAUGUACCUGUCGGAGAUAGCGCCUACCAACCUGCGCGGCGCCAUCGGGACAGCCUACCAACUCGUGCUGACCAUCUCCAUCUUGAUCUCUCAAGUGAUGGGUCUCGAGAACUUGUUGGGCACCGAAUCCUUGUGGCCCCUGGCACUGGCCCUCACAGGCGCGCCGGCCAUCUUCCAGCUCCUCGCCCUGCCCAUCUGCCCCGAGUCGCCCAAGUUCCUCCUCAUCUCCAAGGACAAGCCCGUUGAUGCCCAGCGAGCUCUGACCUGGCUCCGUGACACCAACGACGUACAGCAGGAGAUGGGUGAGAUGCGCAACGAAGCCGAGGCCGGAAAGUUGGUGCCCGCCGUGUCCCUGCGCGAGAUCGUCAUGAACCCAACCCUGCGCAUUCCUCUGGUCAUCUCCCUCAUGAUGAUGAUGGCCCAGCAGCUCUCCGGCAUCAACGCUGUCAUCUUCUUCUCCACCGAGAUCUACAAGUCCGCCGGCCUCACCGACGAAGCCGCCCUCAACGCUACCAUCGCCAUGGGAACAAUGAACGUCCUCAUGACCUUCGCCUCUCUAGUCAUGGUGGAGAAGUUCGGCCGCAAGACCCUCAUGUUGGUUGGUCUGAGCGGCAUGCUGGUCGAUGUCUUCCUGCUCUUCGUCUGCCUGCUGUUCAAGGACUCCCACAGCGCCGUCGGGUACUUCUCCAUCGUCCUUGUCAUCGUCUUCGUGGUCAUGUUUGCCACCGGGCCGGGCUCCAUCCCCUGGUUCUUCGUGACGGAGCUCUUCGCCCAGAACGCCCGCCCCACCGCCUCCUCCAUCGCCGUGGCCGUCAACUGGACAGCCGCCUUCUUCGUCGGCAUCGGCUUCCUGCCACUAAAGGAGGUGAUGGGCCCAUACGUGUUCAUCGUGUUCGCCGUUCUCCUCGCCGGCUUCAUCCUCUUCACGUGGUUCAAGGUGCCGGAGACCAAGGGACGCUCCAUCGACGAGAUCACCUCCAUCUUCAAGCAGUCUGCGUACGGGGACAGCCGCGUCUGAGUCCCCUGCAGCGCCUCCUUCAGUUGAGUCCCCGCGAGAAAAUGAAUGUCUUGUUGGUCCACUUCGCCGCCGUGAGUCUAGUGUUGCGGACUUGAUGUGUUUCUGAGAGUGUCGGAGAGAGUUACUAAAGUGUUGUUGUGGGGGGUGAGUGCGUGAGUGAGUGAGUGAUUGAGUGCGUGAGUGAGUGAGUGGGAUGAUCAGGGUGAUGUCCGUGUCUCCUGCUCUCUCCCUCUCUCUCUCUCUCACUUCAUCACCACCAUCACCACCACCACCGCCUUAAGUUGUUUUCACGCUGAAGUGUGUGUUUGUGUCUCGCACGCGAAGGAACUGCAAAAUUUAUUCAUCACAUUCUCUUCCAUGGCACUCCAGUCGCAUCACAACAGUUGAAAAGGGAAAGAAAAUGAAACAGUCGGCAUUUUCUUCUUAACCUUUAUUAUUAUUAUAUACCAUUAGUUUUUUUUUUCUGGGUCGCGUACAACUAAAAACAAGAUCAAGGUGAGGCCGGGUCAGAUGUGCACGGUUCGCCCCGCCGCCGCCGCCGCUAUCCAGAGACACGAUAGACUCUCUUGAUACGAUAAAACCAAAAAUAAUCAAAGUAAAAACCAUUAUCUCUUCGAACCGUGCCCGUGAUAGGGAACAGACGUAGAUUUAAUUCACAUUGGAGAGAUUUCUUAUGACCUGUUCUUCCCCAGUAUGUUCUCUCCACUCCCUCAAGCCGCCCCGAGUUACGGACGGAUAUGAUCGUUUUGUUUACUCCUUGCAGUCUCCCGAUUUCGACUUACGAUCGUGUUGGGCGGCGAAUACUUUUGUCUCCCAUAGAUGGCUAAAUGUUAUGUGUUGGGGGUGUUGAUAGGCCGAGUGACACACUAUCGAGUCUCUUCUGCCUGUCGGAGCUUUUGUGAAGGUCAAUUGUAAAGGGUUUUUGUAUAUUAUGAAGAAAGGGAAGCACCCACGCAGUUGUAUAUUCCGAAAGGCGCGCGUGCGUGGUUUUAGAAAAGUGCGAUCCUGACUGUGAGAGUUGGCGCGUUCUGCCACUUCACGUUUCUCCCAAUAAGGACGUUUUUUUGUUUUUUGUUUUUUCCUAAAUUUGGGAUAAUAUGAUAUUCACUUCACUCGAUGAGAUUCAAGAGUCGUAAGUAAAGGAAAUAAUUAUCCAUGACCAAAACUUUACCUAAAAAAUGCAAAAACCUAAAAAAAAUCUCUGUGGCGUUGAGCGAAAAAAGUCACUCUGUCUAGUAUUCGUACUGAGGAUAAGUCUUCAUUCUCUCUUUCCUGUCUCUCUUAUACUUCCUAACUUCCUUCUCUCUAUAUCUGUUUAUCCAUCAGUCUAGCUAUCUCUGUUUUCCUUUCUCCCUCUACUUUCUGUACUUUUUUAAAACGGCGUUGCGAAUUUUUUUUCCGUGGAAGGUGUCGUCGUGUCGUGUCGUAAGGGUUGGUUAGUGUUGUUGCUGGCUUAGAUAUUUAUAAUCAUCGUCAUAUCACGUCAUUGUUAGUGUCUUCGAGCGUCUGCCUCCAAGAAACGCGAGAGAGACAGACUGGCCAAUUCAAUCAGACGUCGGUGUGCGUUUAAGAGCCGAUUUCACAGUCCAACACAGUGACACAGUGUCUUCGUAACAGCCCGAACUAAACUAUAGAAUCCCAUACAAUCCAAAAUGGGGAGGUCUUCGAUGCCACACUAAAUACACAAGACUUUUCCUGUAUAGUUUCAUCAAAUUUGUGAACUUAAUUAUAAACACCAGACAUUAUACAAGGAAAUUUCGAAGGCUCUGGUAUUGGUUUGGGAGCUUACUAACCCGUCAUGGGGAACUGUGAAACUGGCCCUAAAGGUUUGCCAGACAGAACCAACUCGCUAAGUAACCAAAGCAGAGACGAUUGUGAUCUCUCAAGUGGCUGGUGUGGAAAAAGAAAGUGAUAACGAGGGUACCGUCACAGCAGACAGGACGAGAAACGAAUAAAAGAGAAACCUCAAGCCUUCAACUCUUGUAGGAAAGAAUUCAUGCACUUUCGGUUUUCAGCUCAAGUUCGGUUCGGUUGUUCUCACGUUCUAUUGAGACUCCUUUCAUCGCUGGCCUUGGCGUGGCAUGCUAUGGAACUUGACUUCACACACGUUCGGUUCUCGGCUCAAGUUCGAUUUCUUUGUUCCCACGUUCUGUAGAGACUCCUUUCAUUGCUGGCCUUGGCUUGGCAUGCUAUGGAACUUGACUUCACACACAUUUGGUUCUCGGCUCAAGUUCUAUUUCUUUGUUCCCACGUUCUGUAGAGACUUUUCAUCGCUGGCCUUGGCGUGGCAUGCUAUGGAACUUGACUUCACACACGUUCGGUUCUCGGCUCAAGUUCGAUUCCGUUCGUCUCACGUUCUGUAUAGUCUCCAUUCAUGGCCCUGUGGCGUGUAAGGGAACUUUAGGGUCUCACUUAUUCCAGUUCAGCUCUCUUGUUUCUGUCCUGUUGUCUCUCUCAUCGCUGGUUGUGGCGUGUCCUGGCGCUCCCCAAGGUGUGUCAGGCCUUACGAAGAGGAUACGCUGGUGGGCGCCUCGGCAACCCACGAACCACGGUGACAGAGAGCAAGCACGAGUAGGUGAUUGAGGGAAAGAAGGAGGAGGAGGAAGAGCUCAAGUAAUGGAGGAAACACGAGGGGUAUGAAGAGGAGGAAGAGGAGGAAGACAAGGAGUUGGAACAGAUAAAGAUAAACAUCAUACGAGUUGGAGAAGAAGCAAAAGGAAGAGAAGGCAAAGAAGGAGAGAAAUGAGAAAAUACAAGCUACACACGAAGGGAAACGAAGCAGAGGGAAGAAGAAGAAGAGGACGAGGAGGAAAGGGAAGAAGGAUAAAGCACAAGAGGACUAAGAACAGAUAAGCCGAAGAAGAAGAAGAAGAAGAGAAAGAGUACAUUCAGACAAGCCAUAGGAAACGAGGUGGACAUGAUCAUUAGUUUCCCUUCUUGUCCUGUUGAACGGAAGGGAAAACGAACAGUACGACGCACCAGCCAAGACCAAGCCCAAGCCUAAGUCGUCGCUCUUCCAGCUGAACCCUGAACAUAUGAAGGCAGACUCCGCCCCUCUCUGCACCCCGACACGAAGACAAGGAGAAAGCAGGAAAGCAAAUAACGUCAGCCCUUGUAUAGAGAAAACUAAUCAAAUGACGUUUUAUAUUUAUAUGACUAAUUCUAUAGUUAUUUUUCUAUGUAUUAUCACAACUCUAUAUACUCAGAAUGUACGUAUUCGUGUCCAUUGCACUGAAGGUUGUAUGAAGUCUUAUUUACUAGGUGUAAUAGUCGUGCCUCAGUGAGAGAGUGGACGAUGAAACGGACUACGACAGUUGUGUGUGCAGUGAAGCUUCGAAGCCGGAAAGCGGAGCAGUGUGUGUGCUUCGUUAGUAGCUAUUUGGUUCGCGUUCAUUUGUGGCCAUUCCCAAAGGUCAACGCAUUGGCCAAGUUUCACAAUCCAACACAGUGUUUUAGUAAGCGCCCAAACCAAAUUGUUUCAUAAAGGUCAAGUUUUCUACUCAAAAUCAGAUUCUAAAGAGAUUCCUUGUGUAGUUUCCUUAUUUUUUUUCUCUGUCAACACCAAACUCCAUACAAUUCAGAUUCUAAAGAGAUUCCUUGUGUAGUUUCCUUAAUUUUUUUCUCAGUCAACACCAAACUCCAUACGAGAAAGUUCCGCUGUGUUUUGUGUUUGGUUUGGAAGCAUACGGACUAAUCGUGUCAAACUGUGGAACUGACCAUUUCAUAUUGGCUUUGUAAGAGACCAAAGGAAGAGCUCCCAGUUCAGUUUGCUCUUCUACAUGGAGCUCACCAAGGACUCCACGAAGUUAUGUACACAGUGCCAUCAAAUUUGUCAGCUUCUCAGUGAACACAACACGAGGCGUAGUCUUUGGCGCGCUGCAGAAAACAUUGACAAAAGGAGUUGUUUGGGCUGGGACGUUACUAAGCCCUGGAGUGGAAGACCUAGACGAGCCAGGAGGUGUUGACGGACACACGGCUCAAGGCUUACUUUAUUUGGGCUUACUUUAUUGUUCACACCUGACUGUUGUAUUCAUUAGUAGAUACCUGUGACUCAUCUAUAGGAACACGGUUUACCAUGAAGUCCGUGGCUGUAAGGAACGGACAGAUACCUGGCUAUCAGAUAAUUUAAAGAAUCACCUCCACACACUCACGUCUAUUAGAGGAAAUCGUGUCUAAUUCUUUUCCACUGUUAAAGCAAAAGACAAGUCAGUUGUGUUAAUGAAGUAAAGGAAAUGUUAAUUAUCUUUACCGGGCAGCGGAGUGGCGCGUGUGUCCUCCGCUGUGUUUGUUGAGCGACGGUGUCAGAUUAGUGAGAGUGAAGCAGCUGUACGUGUGGCACCUGUUGUCCCUCGCUAGGUGUUGAACAGGUGUGUGUGUCUGUGUGUGUGUGUUUGUGUGUGUGUGUGUGUGUGUGUGUGUGUGUGUGUGUGUCGAGAGCACGUAAUCUGGCGUGGGUCAGGCCAUCUUGUGAUGCCAAAUGGUGGUAAGAGUUAGUCCACGUCCUGCACAUGGAACUCUUCUUGAGCCCGUUGGUCUGAAAGAGGGAUAAAGUGGCCUUGAGGCUUGUUCUUCAGUUAGUUUAGGUAGAUAUUCAUUCCUAUCUCUCUCUAGUCAGUGUAUUUACUACAAGUGAGGAUGUGCUGCCCUUUGUCUUAGCUUUGCUGUCCCAGACGUGCGGCUCUCCCAGUGACUGGUUCACGAUACCAUGAUGCUGCUGCCACUCCACCACUCCUAUUACUGCUGCUACCACCACUAUGUCUUAAAGUUAGGAAUAUGUGGAAGUUAAUGUUGUAAUUGCUUAAUUAAGAUUCAUCAGUGUUAUCCAAACAAAUGUUUUCAUUCUUUUUAUUUUUAUUUGGAUAGAAUUAUUGGUUUCGUAUUUGUAAUUCUUUUUUAUGGGAAGUUGUUUUAUAUUACUCAUUGUGUAUAUUUUCUCAUAUUUAAAAUUGUUGUAUUUGGUGCCUGAGAUGACGCAGCACGGCUGGCAGUGUGCGUGCCGCCCUGCCCGGCUGUGUGUGUCUGUGUCUGUGUGUUUGUGUGUGUGCGUACGUGCGUCCCGCAGGGCAGCCCAGUGUCCACAUUUUAUAAUGUCCAGUUGGAGCCACGGGCACGGCCCUCGUAGAACGCUGAUGCCCGGUGCCAACGCAGCAUGUGCAGCACCGCCACAGCUUCUGGGCAGGGCGUGGCCGUGGCCGCGCUGUGACUCCGUGAUCGUGCGCUGCGGGACACGGGGCUGCCUGGCCGCGGGACGUCCAGGAGUCAGGACUGGUGGCCAGGGCGUCGGGGCGGGGGGGCGGACGCAGCAGCAGGAGCACACUCAUGAAGGCUGCCGCCGCCGCCGCCCCGGCAGGCCACUCCCGCGUGGCCGCGCCAGCAGUGCAUGACGUUUAUUUCGUUUCCUUCAUCGGUUAGUGUUUCACGUACAGUAAAACACGUACACAGUUCUGUUUCUAUGGCAUUGUUUGUACAUAUUACAGAUUGUAUCAUGUUGAUAGUAUUUUUAUUAUUGAACUUAACAUUAUUUUUCUCUUUACGAUAUCAGAGAUGUAGUGUUUGGGGGGCGGGCCGCGGGGCCUGGCAGGGCUGGCCGCCCCCUCUCAGUCCGGCUGUGUUCACCUGUACACUAUUUUCAUUGCCGUGUAUGUAGUCAUUUGUUUUGUACAAGCAGAAGACACAGUGACAUGCAGUAUGCUAAGGCAAAGAUUAUAUAUAUAGUAGUAUUGUACCAUUACCAUUAAUUCAUCAUUUCAUUAACGACAUUCACUCUAGUUUUAUGGCUUUUUUUCUUAUAUGGGCACAGUUUGAGGUAUUUUAGUUUAAUAAAAGAUGUAGAAUAAUUAUAUAUUUCUAGUUGUCGCCCAUCAACAUCUUUCAUGUAAAGUGAUUGGAAGUAAAGUUGAAUGUAA